AAUGCUUGGAGGCUUUCUGGCUUGGAAGGUAUGCCGUCAGUGUAAAAUCACAAUAACUGCAUUCAGUGUAUUCAAUAAAAUAACAAUCUACUGCAUUCCACCGUUGCACUCCACGAUAAUAGACCGAAAAUUGUGUUCUAAAUAAUUUAAUGCUGAUGUAUUAUCUCCUGAGGAAUUUUAUAUCUGGUACAAAUAGAAAUGUUGCAAAUGUGGCAAAGUGGCAUAUUAAUGUCUUGUCCAAACGGUCAGUAUAUAAGUUGCAAUGAACAGUAAACGAUUACGAUUUUAUAUAUGCAGUGUAUGUGUACAGUUUUAUAAUAAUGAAAAGAAUGUAAUCAUUACUCAAUAGACCCGGAGGUGAGAGGAUCGACUCAGAGGUUCGAGCUGUUGGAGCUCCUGUACGGGCUGUACCUAAAUGUAUUCGGAGGAUAAUAUAGUAACUGCAGGGCAAGUCCCCUAGAAAUAUUGUCUGCACUCAUAUGCCACAGUUCCCUGGUUCCAGAGACUCUUUGCGAGGGCGAAAGAAACGAGAGGCGAGAACGGAAAGCCUCUGGGCACAUCGAUUGCAAAUCCCACUUCCACACUUGAUUUAACCUGCGAUCAGGCUCUAUUUUACAAAUAAUAGCCUGACACAAUCCUUAAUCCGAUCGCUUUCCACCCACAGCAAAGUUUUUAUUUAGUAUCCAAUCAAAAUGUCGCAGGAGAAAUUUAAAUUUCACACAACGACAACAACAAUCUAAUUAUAGUUGUGAUCACUAUAAAUAUAUCAACGACAAUAUAUAAUGUAAUUAGCACCAACCAAUCAAAUGACAGAUUAAAAAAUCUUUUGUCUCAUAAACCAAUCUGAUUUACAAUUGAAAUACGGUUGUAAAAACAUGGACUUUUGUUAAGAUUUGUAUCAGGCCUAUUUAUUUAUUUAUAGGCCUGAUCGCAGGUUACACUUGAUGAGGUUCAGAAUUUGAAUCUCACAUGUGAUUGGCCAUUUGUAAAAAUAUGUCAAACCGGUUUGGGAAAUAAACAUUACUGUAAGCUAAUUAUAGCUAUAAUUAUAGCGAUAUGACCAGAGGUUCUCCGUUCCCGCCUCUUGUUUCUUUCGCCUCGCAAAGAGCCUCUGGAACCAGGGUAAUGCCACAGCCAGUGAGCUCUAUAUAUAUCUGGAGUAAGAACCUCAGUCAUCGGUCACUGAGGAAAGUGAAGCCAUGUGAAGCCAAGAUGGCGGCCAUUGACGUCCAAUAGCUCUGAAGGUCGUAAACAGUUUUUAUACCAUUUUCCCCAGCUAAUUCCAGUUUUUUCUAAUGGACCAUAUCACUAAUCAAGUUUUCAGUUCAUAAAAUCACAAUAUUAUUCUUUAAAUCGAAGUCAAAAUACAAAAUUUCAACACACUCCUUGCCAAGAUGGCAGAAAUUGAAGGAGCUGUUGGAAAUUGAAGGAGCUGUUGGACGUCAGUUCCAGUCCCUUUCUAUUGUUUUUGUAUGCGCGGUUAACACGAAACUGGCUUCACUUUGAGCAACCAAGUUCCUACUCCAGAUAUAUAUGGAGCUCACUGGCCACAGCCAUCCCUCUCCCCAAAAUAUGAAAUACUGUGACGUCAGAAAUGUUGAAAUAUGAAAUACUGUGACGUCAUGAAAUUUUUUUAAAUAAUACCCCAUCAAGCUGCAGUGUGCCCAAAUGGACCCUUCUUUCUUAAUUAUUUUACUCUGUCUAAUGCCAGAUGAUUUGGAGAUUUGUGUGCUCUAAUGGGUUAAAGAUGAUUUCCACUCUGUACUGUGCAUCAGUUCUGCUCAUAACAAAGGGGGAUCGACCCCAGAUAUAAACAUUGCCCAAAUUCUGCAUCUUUCAAACUUUUUUGAAUUGAAACAUAGAGUUUAAUAUAUUCAUUUACAAGCGUAGCGAACCAGAAAAGUGUUAGAUAUUCAGUUGGUAUAUCAUAUUUUACAAAUAUAUAGCAGUUCAAAAUCUAAACAAAGUUUGUGCAUGUAUGCGCACAGGAGUGGGCAUCGACAUCUUUAACCAAACCAGGGAUGGAUCCAAGAUGAUCUGGUAGGAGAGGUGCUCUGCCAGCUCUGGUGCCAAGUUGUGUCCAAGUCUUGCUUGAAAUAAAUCCAUCCCUUAAAUCCAUCCCUGAACCAAACAGUCUGCCAAUGUGUCUUACCAACCCUCUCCUUUUCAGUAAUUACCCCCCCCCCAUUAUUACAAAAAAAUUUCAUGCACCCAUUUUUCUUUUUUUGAGAUGGUUUAACUCGCCCCCUGUCCUUAGGGAAGGGCCAGUUCAAACUAUGCGCCAGAUGAUUGUACUCAUCAAGGGGAGAGUCUUUGAUUAUCAAUGCUAUAAUGGGUUAAAGCUCAUUUCACAAAUAUAUGAUUUGGUUGAACUGUAACAGACUGUAUCUGGUUGAAAAAUGUUUUUUAUUCUGUGAACCUUAGUUUAUAAAAGUGUUCAACCAUGUGUUGAACAGGGGCCUGGUGCUACACAGGUAACCCUAAAAGGUAAUUAUCUAUUAACUAUCUUAGGCACUCUGACACUGAAAGGUAUAAUUACAACAUUUCAUUCUGCUGUCGCAAAUGUUUUCUCAACUAAUCUUAUUCAAUAACUAGUGAUUUUUACACUGAACAUGAAGCCAACGACAGUACAAAGCUUAACAUUUUGGCUUCAAAUGAGUCUUAACAUAUGGCUGUAAAUGCCUCAGCAGGAAUGUUGUUUUGAGAAUAGCCUUCACAUAUAUAGAAAUAUGCAGGGAAGCAUGAAGCGACGCUACCUCUGUAGUCUGAAUUAAAGAGAUCUGGAAUCUGUAUUACAUUAUUGCUAAUUGCACAAAUCAUGUGAUUAAAGCAGUGGAAUUGGGUAUUCAAACCUGGAGCUACUGCCUAACAGUUAAAAAAUCGUUGACUACUUCCACAAAAAUAUAACCUAUAGGCAUGCAUGGUCAAGUCUGGCAUGGCCGUUCUUUUAAUAAGUAGUAGUCUUCACUCCAGUCUGCAGUGGGGGGAGUGGCCUAUUUUGGGAUCCCUGUCAGAGAGACAUGACUGUCCUGAAUAUCAUGCCUGACUGGUGUGGCCUGAGGCUGAGUAUACGAAUCUCUGAUUAUGGAACUGCUUGUAAAAGAAGUGGCUUAAAUAUGUCAGAUCUAAUCUGUAUACAAUGAAGAUUUUAUAUAUAAGUUCAAUUUUGUCAUUCUAACUUCGAAAGUUGGUGAAUAUGAAACUUGUGUUACUCAAAUUUCUUUUUUUAAUUUUGGCUUCAAUUCUGUGUCAGAGUUCAUGAAGUUCAGGAAAAUAGCUUAUUAUGCAUGUUUUCCAAGCCCCAGUAGUGGGGGCUGAAAUGUAAUGAAAAUGUGUUAUAAUUCUAAGUACUAAUCCUACAACGCAAAUUGUUGCUCUUAUUAAUAACUUCUUAACGACUUAAGGGUUAAUUUCAUACACAUUUUAUGUCGUGUUCGAAUUUAUAUGGUAAAUGUGCAUGGAAUUGGCUCAAACAUCGUAACAUAUUUUUCACUUCAGCUUUUAUUGUGCAGUCCAACCAUUAACAAGCCACAGUCCAUCAGACAAACUGAGUUACUUCUAUGGUUUACCUGCCAAACCAUUUCUGGGUUCAACAAUUGGGCAAGUGGUAGACAGCACAGCUGAGAAAUACCCAGAUCGUGAAGCGUACGUAUUUUGUGAAAGUGGUAGGAGAGCCACAUUUGCGGAGCUCAAAAUCAAGGUAAACUUGGACCCACACUUGUGUAUGAUGUAUGUGGAUAUAUUAGAACUUAACGUUUUUUUAUCAAAAUUACUUUGUAUUGUUCUCAGCAAAUAAGAAUUGAGAAGUUUUGCCAUGAAUAUUCAAAUACUGUAUUGAUGACGUAUGCACCGCAUUUGCCCAAAUAUUCAAAACAAUAUAUUAAUUAUUAGAUACAGACAAUGCAAAUCCCUAAAUGUAUUAGAAAAUGACAUUGUUGCUUCAGUUUUUUUGGUUUCUACAAAAUUUUAACUUUUUUCUACAAGUUCAGGCCACUGAAACGUGUACCUGCAUGUAAAAUAACUGAUGUCAGAUUUUCGUUGACACGUAAUUUGGGAUGGGAUAAAAACGAAAAGUCGAAGCAUACAACAGUAAAUAAGGAAGCAAGGCCCAGUGCUGGAAAAUGUCCGGCAGCGCCAGCAGCACCGCUGCCAGGAAAUUUGUAACAAAAUAUCUUCGCAGGAAAUUUUUUUGCACUUUGUAGAAAAUUUUUGUCAUCUUGCAUACAGGAAUGCCAUAUAAUUUACCUAUUGUUUGAAAAUUCCAAAUUAAGCAUUUUGCAAGUCGAGAUGUGCAGCAUCAGAGUCCACACGUUCUCUGAAAUUUACAUUUUAUAGUUGACUUACACAGGAAUUUUUGAUUUUUGAAUUUUGCUGCCAGGAAGAUAAAUAUGUUUUCCAGGCCUGGCAAGGCCAAGAAGCGAUAAAACUAGCCCAUGCAUUCUUUUGAUGUUUUUUUUUUACUAUAUUCUUAGGCAGAUAAACUUGCGACGGGAUUCCUAGCUCUUGGUCUCAAGAAAGGUGAUCGAGUUGGUAUUUGGGGUCCGAAUGUUGAGGAAUGGAUUUUGACACAAUUUGCCACGGCGAAAGCUGGAUUAAUUCUGGUACGCCUAGAAUAGUUUUUUUUUCAAUAGAAAUAUAAUAUCUGUGGAUUCGUAUACGGGUCAUGGACAACCUGGAAAGCCAUGGAAUUUCAAAAUUCAUGCCUGGACAUUCUGGAAGUCAUGGGAAAUUGAAAUGUUACAUUAUUUAAAGUGCUUAUGAAACGAAAUUUUCACCUCAUUUUUUAUUGUUUUGCUAAAAAGUACUGCUAGAGCGAUGAGGAAUGACGUUUCCAGUUUCUUCAUAUCUCAUCUCAUUCUCAAGUUAUCGCACUUUCUAAAUUUUGAGUUGUGACGUCACUAGUUUGACUUGAGAUAAUGGCAAUAACAAGAAAGUCUGAUAUCUUAGUGAGUAUUUAAUAAAAUUCAAUGAAACUCGGUACAGUUAGUGGGUGCGCCAAUAUGAAUAUUUUUAGUAGGUCACAUGGUUGUCAUGGCAACACACUAGUCCCCAGUCUCUUCUCUUCCUUUUCACAAAUUUCCUCCUGUAGACCUCUUGCAAAGGAUGUUUGCGUGUUAUAACAGUUUAAACUGAUCACAAUGCCUACACGUAUUAUAGUAAUAAGCGACAAUUGCAGAAAUUACUAUUUAUUUCGUUGGAAAUUGAUCAUACAGAAAUUGGAAGAGAAGGAACUUGGGACGAGUGUGUUGCCAUAACAACCAUAUAAACAAGCCAAAUUGUUCACUUCGUUGCACCCACUAAGUGUGCCGAGUUUCAUUGAAUUUUAUUAAAUGAUCGUCAAGAUAUCAGAUUUUCUUGUUAUUGCCACUAUUUUGAGUCAAACUAGUGACGUCACAACUCAAAAUAUAGAAAGUGCGAUAACUUGGGAAUGAGAUGAGAUACGAACAAACUGUAAACGUCAUUCUUCAUCAUUUAAGCAGUACCUUUUAAUAAGACAAUAAAAAAUGAGGCAAAAAUUUCGUUUCAUAAGCACUUUAACAAAAGUUGUACAUAUUUCCCAUCUAUAAUAGUCGUGAAAAAACAUGAAUUGUGGCAAGUAUUUUUGCGAGAAAAUUGUGAAUAGUAAAAGUUUGACCGUCUUUUCAAUGGAUAUUUGGCCUUUAUUUACCAAGACAAUAUUUUAGAAAUCAUGCAGGUCAUGGAAUUUUAAAAAAUGGUCACGUGGAAAUCAUGGAAUCGAAAGAGGUGUACGAACCGUGUAUUAUGAACUAAAGUUACUAAAUCAAGUCGUACGUUUUUCAUGGCAUAUAUAUAUAUAUAUAUAUAUAUAUAUAUAUAUAUAUAUAUAUAUAUAUAUAUAUAUAUAUAUAUAUAUAUAUAUAUAUAUAUAUAUAUACAUUUUGUUGCUGUUAUAUAUUUCUUUCUUUAGGUUAACAUUAAUCCAGCUUAUCGAGUCGCUGAAGCUCAUUAUGCACUGAAAAAGGUACUGCAGACUCGUGUAAAUCCCAAAUAUCUCAAAUAGAGCAAAGAAACUUAAACGAAAAGCAUUCGGAUUUAUUAUUUUGAGACCUGAGAUGCUUGGCUUGCAAGCGGUUCAAAAAAAUAACGACGUUUGUGUUCACACGGAUUCACCAAGAUCUCCUUUUCAUCACGCUCCGUUUAGAAACCGUUUUGCUCUGGCGUAGUGUGAACGCGACGGCUAAUUGUGGCUUUUCUGCGCCGUUUUCAAACUGCUCCAGCAGUGUGAUCGUAUAGUCUUAGGCAAUCACUGAAUAAGAUUGACCCAAGAAUACUUUCAGUUUCUAGUUAUUAUGCUAUCCAGAGCUAGUUUACACUGGUAUUUGUGAGCACGUGGAACCUAUGCACAGAUGCCCCAGGAACAAAACAAUUUUAACUACAGGAGAGAGAGAGCCUGGGAAUAGGCUAGUGUUAUAUAUAGUAGGUUCUCCACAAACACUAGCCUGCUUGUGCAUGCGAUCUGAACCAAACCCAUUUCUUUCCCUAUUUACUUAAUUAACGUAUGUAUGCAGGUCGGUUGCAAAGCACUAGUAUCUGCCGUAAGUCACAAGACGUCAGAUUACUAUGGAAUGUUAUGUGAAAUCGCCCCAGAGUUACAGGAUUCAAGACCAGGAUGGCUUCACAGCGAUCAGUACGUUAAACCUUUACUUGAUUCGUAAAUACGUUAGAUUUUCUUUAAUUGUUUGCAUUUCUAACCUCAUCCCACAUGCUGAAAAUCUCUUUGUCCUUUGAAUCCCUGGGGGUUGGUUGCACACACCCCAAGUUAUAUUACAACUACGGGUUCAAUCAUUCCCGAGCCAACGGCGCGAAGCGAGGGUACUAUAUAAUUCCUCUCGGCUAUUUACACCCGGGAAAAGGAAAGGAUUAGCGAAGUCUAAAGUUCAUCAAUACUAAAAUAAGAUUAAUAACCUUUAAUCACCUUUACGUUUUUCCAAUGACUCAAGACAUUCAUGUGAGGAAAGUCAUUCAACGCUCUACUGAAAGUCGCGGGUUUUCUCCAGGCAGUUUCCUCCCACAGUGAAUGUUGAUAAUGCUGGGUUUGGUGGAUUAUCCAAAUGAGCAUAUACAUGUAUAUAGUAUACACAAUUUAACCUAGCCAACCGACCCUUCCACCGUAGCUGUGUUGGGUGAUCAGAAAUGAGUCAUAAGGUGGCAGUCAGAGGCACCUUUAGAUAGCCUUCUACUCGAUCAGGUUGAGAUAUUGCGUCCUUGGCUCUUAGUUGCAAGUAAGGAUGAAUAGCGCACACCCACAUACUGUACGUACUUCCUCAUUUUGGUGUAGUGAAGAAAAAUACUUUUUGGAGCAUAACUUACAUGCACAUCUCAAAAAUGCAUUCAAUCAUUAAUUAUUCCUAUUAGCACAUUGCCUCCAAAUCAAGGAAAAUUUUGUCGGUUCAAACCAUAGAUAUCUUAUAUACACUAGAUAGCGCAUCUCUUUUAGUAAAAUUGAAGCCAAGAAUAUUCCAGCGGUUACCCCCAUUUGAAUAGAUGGCGGCCAUGUUGGUAGUUCCCACUCGCUAUUAAACGCUUAAAAAACAACAAUAACUUUCAUCAUUUGAAUAGUUUAAAAAUGUAUUUGGAAUAGGUUUAACUUAAUGUUUAAGUUCCCUAGCUGUUUAAGAAAUAGGAAGCAUACGAAUCUUCUCAUUUCAUGGGAAUAUCCUGAGAUUGCAAUCACGGCUUCAAUUUUUGAAUUGCAGAAUAAUUAGAUGCACUAUCUAGUGUAUGUAAGAUAUCUAUGGUUCAUUAACAACUGCUCGGGAAGAGAUGAAGUAUUUAUUAUCAUUAUUUUGUUUUUAGUGUACCAAUGCUUCAACACGUAAUUAUGAUCGGAGACGACAAACAUCGGUAUGGUAUAUAUCAGCGAUAGUUCAUUAGAUAAAAGAUGUUGAUUUGGCAUUUUAUAUCGUAUGCGCUUUAAAACGGCAGACUAUACGAAAGUUCAAAGCCAUCUGCAUGUUACCAAUCAUUGAUAUCGUACUAACCUUGAUUAGUUUGAAAUUCUCGUGUAAUUGAUUGUUGAUAUCAAAUCAAAGGGUUAUCUACUGAGUUCUUCAUUAUUUUUUCUCAGGGGUACACUUUCCUUUCACGAAGUGAUGUAUGCUGGUGGACAUAGCGAAAUGGAAGAAUUAAACGCUCUUCAGCAACGUCUACAAUUUGAUGACCCAAUUAAUAUACAAUUUACUUCUGUACGUAGAUUUUUGUAUGAUUUAUGCAAUGUCGUAAAUCCAUCUUUCAGGCUCGGGAUAUAGCUGAAAAUCGGGUCUAAAAUGAAACCAUUUCGGCAAAUUUAGGCUUUCAUGAUCAAUAAAAUGUGUUUCUAGUAAUUAAUAUAAGGGUAUUUUAUACGCGAGAUACGUUGUCGACCUGAAUAGGCGUUUCCCAAGAUAGCUCCACAACCUCGCUCCACGCCUUCUUCGCGCGAUUUUGGUAAGGGCAUUUUCCAAAUUGUGUUAAUACAUGCCCGAAAUAUGUGCUCGGACCAAACGUCUGUGUAUCGACUGCGGUCAAACGUCUGUGUAUCGACUGCUCGUAUUCGAAAGGCUGGAAAUAGUAUUGUCUUCAUGAAAUUCUAGCAGAAAGUGUGAAAAAAUUACAAGAGCUUAGCCUUAGUACAAUUUUUUAUUGUCACUAGAAAAGAGCUAUGAAAUUCAUGAGCUUAUACCUUUAGCCGUUUUCAUAUAGUAAAUGGUUUUCUUUUCCCGUGUUUACUUCCAUUAUUUUGACAGACCCCGCCAGUUUUGUAGACUCGCGCAUACGCUUGACGUUUGGCCACGCGGUGUUGCUCGAACCGGCUUUGUUUUGCUUACAGGCAUCGAUGAGUAGCAGCCGGUUUUAUGACCAUGCCAAGGUUGUGGCGGGCUAUAUUGGGAAAUAUUCCGAAGCCUGGUCAUUAUAGCCUUGAGCUUUUUGACCGUACCGUCCUCUGUUUAUUCGGUUUCGUAUGUGGUGGUUAUGGAGUUUCUAGUGUCGCAGACAUACACACGCAGCGAAAUGCUUGUAAUUUUGCACAGUAUUCUUAAUUUUCCGUCCACUUUUUCCUCUUUAAUCUAGGGCACAACUGGUAAUCCUAAAGGUGCUACAUUGAGUCAUCACAACAUUCUCAACAAUGCUAAUCAAGUGGGCUCAACGAUAAAAUACGCAGAAGAGGUAGAGUGCAUGCAGUUAAAAUAAGUACAGAUAAUUAUAAAAAAUGAUUAGCAGGGUUCUGAGCUGCAGCGCACAUGCACUGCGCAGUGCCGCUCGGCACUCACGCUAAAGCUGGCUCUUCCACUCGGCACUUCAAAGGUUGCAAAUAUGUUGCAUUAUAUUUUGUUGGAAAAUAUUUUGUAAUAGUCACCAAAAUUAUUGUCUGGUGUAUACACACAUGCAUGUGUGUGUGUGUGUGUGGGGGGGGGGGAAUGGGUGAGGUGGGAUGGAGGAGAGGCAUGCCAUUUGCCUGUUUAAACAAAGAAGAACUAUCCAAAUUAUUGUCGGAAAGAGACAGUAUGGCCAUGAGCACCGAGAAAAUCACGAAGUAAUGCAAAAACAGUGGCCGGUGCCUAAAUUACUUUGAAUUUGUACUCGAGUAAAAGUAGAAGUAAUUAACAAUAAAACGACUUGAGUAAGAGUAAAAAGUACUGGAGGCAAAGCGUACUUAAGUAAAAAGUACAAAGUAUCCUUAAAAAAUACUUGAAGUACAAAGUAAAAGUAUACCAUUGUCUAUAGCGUGUAGGGGGGGGGGGGACUUCUCCAAUGGAUUGACAUGCAAAAGACACAAAACAGCACACGCAUUAUAUGCGUGCGCCAUAAUAUAUAAUAUUUCACGGCAUGGUCUACUUUCCAGACCCCGUUGAAGAUAUAAGAAAUCCAUUAAUCGGGAAUAAAUCACGUAAAAUUAAACAAAUGUGAGAAAGUAACGAAAUACUUCGCCACAAAAUGAAAAUAACGAAGUAAAACGUUACUUCUUAAAACGACUUCGUUCCAAGUAAAAGUACUCCAGAAAAAGUUUACUUUGUUACAUGCUGACUUCUCAAAAAUAGUACUCAAGUACAGUAACGAAGUACAUUUACUUCGUUACUUGACACGACUGUGCAAAAAUAUCUUCGACUGGUAUAAAUUUCUCAUUUCAUAUUGAACGUUUACUGUGCAAUGUGCGAAUAGGAGUAUUUCUUAGUCUCAUCAUUAUAUCAAAAUAAGAAAAUUUAUGCUGUUUAUUUAAUCUAUUUUAAAGCUUACGAAAAUUUGCAUUACUGUUCCACUGUAUCACUGUUUUGGAAUGGUUCUUGGCAGGUUAUAUAUGUUUUUUCAUUGUGUCUGAUUUUGGAAUUUGGUAUAGUGUGUUCUUGAUCUUUCUUAUAUUCUCUUUCUUUCAAUAGUUUAUCAUCGAUAAUCUUCGGAGCAACGGCAGUUUAUCCCUCAGCUGGCUUUGAUGCUCGGGCUGCACUUGCUGCUUGCCAAAAUGAAAAGUAAGUGAAGACAAAUGUUAAAAUAGUUCGUAUGAUGCAUACCCCCGGUGUGGUGGUCCUGCAGGCUGGCUCAUCUGAUAGAGGUUGUCCAGAGUUGUUGCUUGAUGUUUCAUUGAAGUUUGUGUGCAUUGUAUAGAACUGUCAAAACACCCUGCCCCUGGUUAAAAAUGUCCUGGUUAAUCUAAAAUUAACACUGCUUGGGGUGACUUAGGCCUGUUUUAUACGUCGAAUUUCGGUCGCUUCGAAUGCAAUUCAAACAAUAGAUAAUGAAGCUUAAUGAGGUUUAUCAUCUCAUUAUCUAUUGUCUUAAUUGCAUUCAACGCGACCAAAAUUCGUCGUAUAAAACAGGCCUAAAUGUUCCUGGUUACAUUUCAUGAUUAAUGUAUAAGUGGAAUAUUAACUGGUUAAAUUAACCAGGAUUCCUGUUUAAAGCAGCCAGGACUAUGAUCAAAUUAACCAGAACUCUGGUUAAAUUAGUAAUUUAGUAUAUAGGUAAUAGCAUGGGGCCGAGUAAAAUUAAGGUUUAAUUUCACGUGUGUUUUCAACGUUUCACAAAUUUGUGAAACUUUGAAAACAAAGUGAAAUUAAUCCUUAAUUUUACGAGGCACUACUGCGAUUACUUGUUAAUCAUAUACUGUAGAGGGUAGACCUUUCCGGUAAUUACGUGACGACUAACACUGUUUUCAACAUAGGACCACCUUAAAUGGAAUAGAUUUCAAGUUUGUUUCUCCGGGGCUAUGGUCAGAGAAGCAGAACAUCCUUCGUCAACACAUGCAUAAAAAAGAAUUUUGGAUUUUGAGCCAUGGCCCCUCUGCCUCGUUUUCGUGUUUUAGCUUAUUUUCACAUUUAUUGGUCAAAAUCCAAAAUUAUUUUUUAUGCAUGUGUUGAAGAUGUUCUGCUUCUCUGACCAUAGCUCAUGAGAAACAAACUUGAAAUCUAUUCCAUUUAAGGUGGUCCUAAGUCGAAAACAGUGUAGUUGUGACGUAAUUACCGGAAAGGUCUAUUGUGAACUUGUCAAGUUCUUGAACCUCGUAUGUCUCCAUGUCUUGGCCGAUUUCCUUAAUUAAUGCUGCCCAUUUCUUAAAUACUCCAACCCAUAAAUUUGUACUUUUUCUACUAGAAGUUUUUAAUUCUUCAAUAACAUUAUUAUCCGCAACGUCAAAGCGAGAAGCCAUUGCAACUCAGUUGUAUUGCUAUUUAAAACCACAUGCAUCUCAGCCAAUCAUGCAUGUACAAGUAAUUUUGCCCUGAAUUAAGAAAAAAAUGCCCUCGUCAUUAGCCAAUCAUAUUCGAGUAAUUUUGCCCUCUAUAUGAUUAACCAGGAAAUUUAACCAGAAACAGGAAAUGUUUAACUAGGGUAUUUUUAGAGUGUUUUAGCAAAUUGUUCUAAACAUGACUUUAAUUGUUUAGAUGUACAUCACUUUAUGGCACGCCUACUAUGUUUAUUGAUAUGUUAAAUCACGAGGAUCUACCUAAAUUUGAUCUCACGUCUCUACGUACAGGUACGCUGAAAACCUGAAAUGAAUGUGACCAAUUCUUUCCAGUAAAAAUUAUUCCUGGCAUGGUGCUAAAAUAAGUAAAUUGUUGUGGUAUUCAAUAAUAUAGUAGCAUAAUAUUAAUAGCUUGACAUAUUUGAAAUUAGUUUUUCAUAUCUCUGGUAGAAUUGAAACACUGCGCGUCCUCCAAGACAAGCGUUAAGUCACCGGGAAAUAUUCCGUGCACUUAAAUUGGAUAAGACUCGCUACCAAUCCCCGUUAACUCGAUAGCUCAAUGGGUAGAGCGGCGGUCUAGAAACCCGAAGAUGCGAGUUCGAAUCCCGCUCGAGACAACGAAUAUUUCGUUGUAAUCUGUUGUGUCAGAAUAAUAUGAAACUAAUCUUGAACUGUCUUUGCCAGUGUAGCAGCCAAUCAAAUGAACAAGCUUUCGUUGCUAGGGAUGCAACUGACUGAAAAAUUAAGGAGAAUUUCGACGUUUCGAGCGAAGGCCCUUCGUCUGGAGUUACUAGUAACACUAAUAACACUAAUAACACUAAUAACACUAAUAACACCAAUAACACCAAUAACACCAGUAACACCAGUAACACCAAUAACACCAAUAACACCAAUAACACCAAUAACACCAGUAACACCAGUAACACCAGUAACACGAGUAACACGAGUAACACGAGUAACACUAGUAACACUAGUAACACUAGUAACACUAAUAACACUAAUAACACUAAUAACACUACUAACACUAGUAACACGAGUAACACGAGUAACACGAGUAACACGAGUAACACUAAUAACACUAAUAACACUAAUAACACUAAUAACACUAAUAACACUACUAACACUACUAACACUACUAACACUAAUAACACUAAUAACACUAAUAACACUAAUAACACUAGUAACACUAAUAACACUAAUAACACUAGUAACACUAGUAACACUAGUAACACUAAUAACACUAAUAACACUAAUAACACUAAUAACUAGUUCGUCCAGACGAAGGGCCUUCGCUCGAAACGUCGAAAUUCUCCUUAUAUUUUUCAGUCAGUUGCAUCCCUACGAACGAAAGCUUGUUAAAUUAAUAUGAAACUAGGCUUUCUAUGUUCUCCGAACGUUUUCAUCAGUUCGUCAUUUCAUGAUCAUGUAUAAAAACUAUUAUCUAAUUUUUAAAAUUUGUACGUACUGUACCGUACUUUACUGUACUGUACUGUACUAUUUUACGUUGUCUUUAGUACUGAUGUCCACAAACUUAUCAUUCCAGUCUUUAAAUGUUUGAACAUACUCAUUUCAGGUGUUAUGGCUGGUUCCCAGUGCCAUGUUGAAGUGAUGAACGCGGUUAUUGAAAAGAUGCAUUUACCUGAAAUGACGGUACACUAUCGAACAUCUAGUUCUCCGAGUUUCAAAUUUAUAGUAUUUAAGCUCAUGACAAGCUAACACAGAUUUUCUAUCUCAAGCUUUUGUCCUUAUAUAAAGUUGCAGAUGUUUUGUGUAAACGAACCAAAUCACGUGCAUAAGUGAUAUACAUACAUAUAUGAACUAUAAUGAAAUACUGUACGAACUAAAGCCCAUCUUGGCAAUGUGAUUGGUCAGCGAAAAAAUUCGCCACGAAAAAGCUGGAUUCCUACUUUUUUAGUUCCUACUUUUUUACUGUUCGCGCGAACAAAUUCGCCUAGUGGAAAAUGGACUUAAGUGAAAUAGUUUUGCGAGACAUCAACAAGCAAAGCAUCCAAGUUAUUAAUUAAAGAAAUAUACAUUCUCAUUUCUUAUUGCAGAUUGCCUAUGGUUUGACAGAACUCUCACCUGUCUGCUGUCAAACUCAAGUUGACGAUCCGGUUGAUCUUAGAGUGUCAACUAUAGGGAAAAUGGUUUCGAGUACUGAGGUAGGAACUGGAGAGUGGAUACUCGCGGAAUAACUAUAGAAUCCCCCGCCAACAGAAAUCUGUUGUAAAGAAGGUCCAUACGCCUACGUGCCUACACGACCUUACACGAUACGCGCCUGCUGUGCGGGCCUACGUAUAUCUACAUGCCUACAGGCCUACAUGCCUACGGUGACUACAUGCCUACGGGCCUACAGGCCUAUGUGCAUAGAUGCCAGCCGAUCCGCACGUUGUAACCCUAACCCCAACCCUAACCCUAAGUAUAAUCAUGAUCCUUCAACUCAAACUAGUCAAAGUGUGUAACAUGAAUUUAGUAUACUCUAUUUCAAGUGUCAAUUAUUUAGUUAAUUUUACGUUCACAUUCAAGUUUGUUCUAUAUUAUAUGUACGAGAAGUUGGUUAAUAAAAAAUAGUAAAAUCCAAUGGAAUAUAGAAAAAACUGUCUCAAUAUAACGAGACCUAUAUUGACGUAUUGUUGCAGUAAGAUAUGAAUGCCUAGGCACUUUGCUAAACCCACGAGAUCACGUAGACCUUAUGUUCUCAACAACCCCGCGUAGGUGCGUAGGCAGUCUAGGCAGACUGUUCAAUACUUAACCUUGUGGGGUAUUCUAUAGUUGUACCAUACUCGCUAACCAAGAGGAGAGACCUAAAAUCAAUUUCAGUGAAAUGGUAUCAUGGAGUUUGCAUGAUGACGUCAUGUAUGUACGGUAUAAAUCAAUAUGAACAGGGACUGUAUCCAUGACUCCAUCAGAGGGGUACAGAUGUAAUAACAAGGAAAGCUCCGACCCCAGGUUUCAUAGACGUUAAACAGCCACUUGCCUGUGUCUUUCCAGGGUAAGAUAGUGAAUGAACAUGGUGAGAUAAUCCCUGUAGGUGAAGGUGGUGAACUGUGUGUGCGUGGUUUUGGUGUCAUGUUAGGGUAUUGGGAGGAUGAAGAGAAAACAAAAAGUACGAUAGAUGCCAGUGGGUGGUUAUACACAGGGUAAACAUAAAUAUUUGUUUUGUUUUUGUUGUUAGUUAAUUGCGAAGUCAAAAAGAUUACGAAACAAAAACGAAGGUCAUAUUUUUAAUUUCGUGUCCAAUUUGAAUUUGAGUCAUCUGUAUGCAUGCAUGUUUAUGGAUUGAAUUGAGAAAGGCGGCAUUUUGAAUUGGUACAAGUACGGUAUAUUAUGAUAUUCUAAUUUGCUUAUGAUCUGACACGUGUUUUUACAUGUACAGAGACAAGGCAUCAAUGGAUGAAAACGGAUAUGUGAAAAUUAUUGGCAGAAUAAAGGUACUUCUCUUCAUAACGUUUUCAAACCAUGUAGAUUUUUAUGUAAUGUACUUUAACCUUGUCUGCACUGCAGAUAGUUUUAAAUCGUAAUUUGCGACUGAUGUUGAUUUGUCAGUAGCUCAAUGAGAGGAGUGGUGGUUUGGGAGUUCAAACCCUCCCGAGACAACGAAAAAAUCGUUGUCCUAUGCAUGAUCACAAUUUAGACUAAAAGAGUAAUGGUUUAUCCGUUGUAAAAUUAAGAUCUUUAAAUUAAUUUCAUUUCCCUUUAUAGGACAUGAUCAUAAGAGGAGGAGAGAAUAUCUAUCCGAGCGAAAUUGAAGAAUUUGUGCACCAUCAUCCAAAAAUUCAAGAAGUAGAGGUAUACAUUAUGGUCUAUAUCAUGCACAUGAGAAAAAUACAGCACGUCCACUCUUCCAGCUCUAUAAAUCUUUCCAGUAUUAAUUAAAGGUUAGUUAAGGAAGAAAUGCGGACUCAAAUACUAUGAAAUUCUUCUCGUGCACAUGCAGGAAGCACUCACUGAUCUGACUAUAUGUACUGACCAAUUAUCUACUAACUUGUACCCAGUCCCUCAACGAGGAUUGAAAAAAAUAAUGGUGCACGAUCGAAAUGAUUAAGGCUCAAAUUUCGUUGUCAUUCCCAUCAUGCAUCACACUUAUCAGUCCACUGAUUUAUAUGUAUGUACUCAUAUUCCCAUAAUGUACAAUUUGACAGGUCAACUGUAUGCAUGCAUGAUACAGUGUGUCCAGUGCAUCUAUGGUCCAGUGCCUUACUGUAACUCAGUUACAUGCAGUCUGCCUUUGUCUUAAGUUAGUUAAAUUGAUAUUUAUAAUUUCUGCACUUGUGAAUACCGAGUAUCUCUCCUGAGCAUAUAGUAAUAAUACCCCUGACCCUUUAACCACCUAACAAUGACAUGUUUAUGCACAGUGCUAGAAAAUGUUCGGCAACGCCGGCAGAAAUUUUUUAACAAAAUAUCUUCGCAGGAAAUUUUCUCACGCCCUGCAGGCAUUUUCAGUCAUCUUGUGUAUUUGAAUGCCACAUAAUUUGCUGCUUUAAAAAUUCCAAAUACGUAAUUUGUAAAUCUAAAUUUUCAUGUGUCGAAAAUGAAGUUUACCACCAUGUGUUGCACCGUGUGCUCUCUGAAACCUACCUAUGCAGGAAUUUUUACAUUUAGAUUUACACAGGAAAUUUUUAUUUUUGGAUUUUGCUGUCUGGAUGGAAAAAUAUUUUUCUAUGUACCUGAUCAUGCAUUGUAUGUAAAAUAGUGAUAUUUUCUUUAGGUUAUUGGAGUGCCAGACAAGAGGUUAGGUGAGGAGGUUUGCGCGUGGAUAAGGUUAGUUAUUCGAUUAGGUAGAAUAUUUUUAUUCACUAUAUCAACUAUAUUUUAUUUUUUCUGUGUUGUUAAUGUUAUGUACUCACAUAACAAUGUCACAUGUACAUCACAAACAUCAUAUUCAUGUACAUCGUAUUCAUGAGUACAUAACAUUAACAACACAGAAAAAACCAUAUUACUAGAUUACAUUGAUAUCGAAGGAACUAGACUCAGUUCCGAUAUAUCACAUACUCGAACCGACCUGAUCGCGUAGCUCAGUUGGCAGAGCAUUGGGCUAGUAUUCCAAAGGUCGUAGGUUCGAUUCCCACCGUGGCAGGCAUAUUUUUCAAGCUCGCCUGGUUUGGAUAUACACUCAGAGUAACAUCACAAACAUCACAAUAUAUUUUAUUGAUAUAAUAUAGCUCUAUAUUUUCUAACACACAAUCUCGUUCCCAGAGCACCUAACCUGAGUACGGGCAUACUCUGAGAAUGAGAUUGAGAAGCACGGGACAUGACGUAUUACACCUAACGCAUCGAUCUCGUUCCCAGGGCCAUGUUCGUGUCUUUCGCACGAUUCUGUAAUGGUCAGAGUUAGUAUUAGUAAUAAUUUUUAAAAUAUGUUAAGGGUGAGUAUAUUCGCCAUAUUUUAAUUAAUAAAGGAAGGCAAACUAAGUCUUCAUUAUAUUUUCGACAUGAAUUUAAUCUGUUGUUGUUGUAUUGUAUGCAGGUUAAAGAAGGGUGAGACCGCUACAGCAGAUGAAAUAAAGGAAUUUUGCAAAGGAAAGGUAGAGCAUAUUUCUUAUAUGAAAUGCCGGCAUGGUUCACACUUGUAAAUGUACAAAAUAUAAGAUAAUUGUUUGCAAGAGAAUUACUCGAACAUACAGUAUUUGACAGUAUGCUCUAUUUGUUGUUCCUUUUUAUUUUCGAACCUUAAGGGCCCCUACUCUUUUGCUCUUUCUCUCCGCAUGACGUAUGUCGAUUCUCGUGCAAGCUACAAAAAAACAGGUACAUGGACACAUGGUGAGGACGAGCAAAAUAUGGCUGUUUCUAAAAUAUGAUCAUAUUUGUGUUUGGUCUUGCAUACUGUAUAGGUUCAUUUUCCUAUUUCAUAAAUAAUGUAUGACAAAUACAUUAAACGUAAUAUGCGUACUGAUGAUUUAAAGGAAAUUAUGAUUAGAUAGAUAUGGAUAAUUACUGGGCACGCUUCGUGUUGUUACUGCAGCUUCUCGCCUUUCAACACCAAAAAAAUUUAUUUUGUCUAUUAACUUAUAUUAAACUAACCUAUUUCGAUUUUAAGAAUUUGAAGUAUCACAGACAUAGUUAUACUUAUAGACAGAGUUACAAUGCGUUGCAUUUUGCUUUUCGAUAUAGAUUGCCCAUUUUAAAAUUCCACGUUACAUCAAAUUUGUUGAUGAUAUGCCAAUGACAGUCACAGGAAAGGUAAGUUAUAUUCAUUUGGUAAGGUAGAGUAAUCUAAGUAUAGCUAUUAGAUAACAUAUACGGGGAUGCUUAUUGCUUUUACCAUGGUGCAAUCCGCCCCACAACCCCAUCCCUGUUUUGAAAAGAACAUUUCCUCGGAAGUGUAAAAUUAACUCAUAAAAAUGUACACCCACAGCUUCGUAGGCAGAUCAUGUGACGCUUAUAUUUUAUAGCACUUUAUUCCUAAGCCCGGAUGGAGGAGAGUGCAUGAGAGUUGGCUGUUCUUAACAUCUUCCCAACACUAUCAUGUAUUCUGUUUAAGUUAAACAGGGUUCGUACAUGUCAGGAAGAGUAAUAUUCAAGGACUUUUCAAGGACAUUCAAGGCCAUGUAUCAGCAAAUUCAAGGACUAAAUACUGAAGAGAAGGCGUUAGAAAUCAGCAAAAUAUGACGUUGAAUUGUUCAAAACGUAACUUAAUUUAUAAUGAGGUCAGAUAUGAACAUGUAAAAUCAGUUUAACAAAAUGUCCGUCCUGAAUGUCAAACAAUUUCAGAAAAUAUCCAAAAACUAAAGCAAGAAGAAUUCAAGGACAUUCAAGUACUUCUUUACCAUUUCAAGGACAUUCAAGGCCUUGAAUUUUUGUUUUCAAAUUCAAGGACAUUCAAGGACUUUCAAGUUUUGUACGAACCCUGGUUAAAUAAAACAUGGUUAGAACACUCAACAAACUUUUAUUUUGUUAAUCUAGCUAGAAUAAGUUCUUUGUAUGUUUGCAUGGCGAUAAAACAUAUAAUAGUUUUGUUUGUGGGUGGUGUUUCCACAAACAAAACUAUUAUAAUCUAGCUAGAGUUUGAAAUGUCGCCCGUAACAAUACGUGACUGCCAGCUCUCACCAAAUCCCAUCUUCGUUUCACCAUACAUACAUACAGAGUGAUAAAAGUUUUGAGAAAUCACAUGUCACAGGUUAUAGAUGCAUUUCUUUCUCUUCUUCAUUUGUAGGUGAAGAAGUAUGUCAUGCGAGAGAUUUCUGCAAAAGAACUAGGAUUGGAGUAAAGUAAUAUCAUGUCUAUUGCAUCGGGGUGGAAGGGGGAUAUUGAAUACUGGUUUUGAAAGUAGUUGGAAUAUGAAUAUUUAGGGUAGGAAUAUGAAUAUUUAGGGUAGGAAUAUGAAUAUUUAGGGUAGGAAUCACAGAACACCCAGGCUCUAUUUGCACAGGCGGGCGCGGGCAAAUAGACAAAAAGAGCCUGAGUCUCCUGUGUAGGAAUAUGAAUAUUUAGGGUAGGAACAUGAAUAUUUUGGUAGGAAUAUGCAGGGGGUGGGAAAGGUAGCGGACCAUUGCCCCCAGAAAAUUUUUUGAGCUCCCAGAAAAUAUUUCCCCAAGAAAGAAAAAAAGAUAAUUGUAGAAAUUUAGAUAAAAGGAGAAAUUCAGAUGAAAACUUCUAACCAGAAGAAAAAAUUAAUAGUGCAAUAGUGUAUAUGUAUAUGUAUAGACUAUAGAAUAUUGUAUGGCAAGUGCAUUUUAGAGACACCCGAUUCUCAAACAUUUCUGGGGGAGCAUGCCCCCUGAUCCCCCUAAUAGUGGCCCACAGCAGUACCCUUUUUUUGCAUCUAUAAACCUGAUGCAUGUUAUCUAAGUUAGUUUUAUGUUAUAUUCCUAAAAGUAUUAAGAUUCUUAGUGCACUGAAAUUAUUUUUUUUCUAUUAGCAUAUAGCAUGACAUUCAAUUUGACACUUGUGAGGGUUACAGUUACAGUGUCGAUUUUAUGCUUGACUAUUCACAGAACAUUUUUCAAUGAUCUCUUGCGGUCUCAGAAAGUAAAAUAUUUUUAUGAAUAUUUGGGGUAGGAAAUAUGAAUAUUUAGGGUAUAGGAAUAUUUGAUGCAUGAAUAUAUGUGGCCAGCCCCCGUCGCCAGGUAUUUUGGGAAUAUUGAAGGACUGAAGGUAGGAAUAUUGAAAAAUGCAGGCAAUAAUUGAAUGUUGAGGUAAAAAUAUUCCGCUCCCACCCCCGAUGUGAUAUGCAUGAGCACCUUCGUAUGUGCAAUAUUUGGCGGAAACAUAACCAAUCUCUUGGGAAACAAAAUUUUCAUUGAAUCGGAAACGGGUUUGUUUUCCAAUUUUGGUUAAAUUCGAUGACUAGUUACUAAAUAUAUAACUAGAUUUUUAAAUAUAUAUUUUUAAUAUUUUAUAAUGCAUAUACUAAUACUAAAAUUUAGGAAUAAUAUAUUUCAGUUGUAAAAUGCGAAAACCUUUGUGACAAUAUAAAUAUUCUGGCAACGCAUACCUGUAUAGUAAUUAUAGUUAGAAUCAACAUUAAAUCAUUAGAAUCAACAGCAAGUAUAGUUAGAAUCAACAUUAAAUCAUUAGAAUCAACAGCAACUAUAGUUAGAAUCAACAUUAAAUCAUUAGAAUCAACAGCAAGUAUAGUUAGAAUCAACAUUAAAUCAUUAGAAUCAACAGCAAAAAUAGUUAGAAUCAACAUUAAAAAUAACGCAUAUACCUGUAUACCAAGUAAUUAUAGUUAGAAUCAGCAUUAAACAUUCAAUGUAAUUAAUUAGCAAAUCAUUAUUUGGUUCAUCAUUAAAACAUCUUGUCCAUCACAUGAGUCCUAAAAUUGUAUUUAUUUACACUAAAUGAUCUACCCUAAAUUUCAAACUCAACGAAUACUUUCAAAUCCGGAUAUAUACUGUACGUCUUCAUAUUUAUCUACAUUUUUUACAAGACAAAUAUGACGAGUUGUUUGAAAUAUGACGUGUUGAAGAAUACAGAAUAUUAUCGUUUAUAAAGAAAAUUAAUUAUGCUUUAUAAAAGGAAAAUUAUUUCAUCAUGUAGCUAUACAGGGUGUCCCCAAAACCCCGAAAACCAUUGAAAUAAAUGUAUUGUUAUAGAAUUUGAAUGCCUCAGCACUUUGCUGAACCCACACGUGCAUCAAAGCUUGACAUACGUAAAUUGUAUGCAUAAAGAAACCGUUUAGGAAACUGCUGUAAAUUCCCAACAGCAGAAAAUCGUGCGCUUUACAAAGAUAUUUUAAUUUCUCAAUAUUUAAUAUAUGCACCCUUGUCAAUAUUUUACGCAUCUUUGCGUUCAGCUUAGUGCUAGGGCAUUCAAAUUUUAACAAUACUUAUUUCAAUGGUUUUCGUUUUUUUUGGGACACCCUGUACAACAGAUUUUGUUAUUGGUUGAUUAUGACAAUAAAACUAUAGAAUAAAUUUUCUAAAGAACGAAAAUAUUAAUGAAAUUAAUGAAAAUAUUACGGUAAAUUAUUUCGAAAAACGCUAUGUCCGGAAUUUUUUUUUACCCCCGAUCGCCAACAAUUUUGGGAAAAGAAACAUUAAUUAGCGACUGAAAUGUUCGUCCGUCGGGAACGACUUCGGCCACGCCCUUUUUGUCGGGCAAAUCAAACUCACCCCCAACCUCAUACCCAGGAUCAAAGGACAGACCCUGGGAACGAGGUUGGCUCACCCCCCAGCCGUAAUACCGAAGUUUCGCCCCCUCGUUAUGUUGUCAUCCACGUCACAGUUCACGUUUGAAUGUGUGCGUGUGUGUCCAUCUGUGUUUGACUGUCAGCACGAUAAAUAUCGAACGUAAAACUACGAAAAUUUGUGGGACUAAUGAACAUUGCCCAAGGAGAAAUUGAUUCAAUUUUGGUUAAAUGUAGAUUGACAAUAGACCUUACCGAUUAUUAAAGGAAUACCGAAUGGUUUUCCGUGCAGGAUUGCGUGAUCCACGCACGAGGGAUGUCGCGAGACUUUCGGAAAGCGUAAAAAUACUCGAGCCGCUGUGUUUUUACGCUUUCCGAAAGUCGAGCAACAUCCCAAGUGCAUGGAUCACGCUAUCCUGCUUGGAAAACCAUUUGGUAAUUGUUUUAUAAAAUAACUAAUGUGAAACAAUGACAUAGAAUCCCACGAAGGCAUUUUAAUCAUCGUGCAGAAUAGUCUGAUCCUGCACGGCUAUUGACCAAUCAAAUUGCGUAUUUCACUGUAGACUGUAGUUAUUAUAUAAUCUCUUUUACCCAAUGGCCUCGUUUCCAUGUUAACUUAUUUUAGCAUGUCAGGGGAAGAUAAAGAUUAUAUUCCCAUGUUUUCCUGGACGAAUUUGUUUCUUGCUGUUCUUAGGCUCAAUAAAAAGUAAUUUUCAACCCUACUAAGCACAAAACAUGAGUAAGUAUUUGACAUGACAUGAAAACGAGGCCAUUGGGUGAAAAGUGAAUAAACGGAUGCGAAAUUAUCGAAAGUUUGUCUGCUGGACAGUGUAAACUGAGUGCGUAAUUAGUCCGUUGUAUAAUUUAUGCAUGAUACAUAAUUAAAUAAAAAGCAGUGGUCAACAAGAAGAAGACCUUUAGAAAUUGUCCUAUACUCCUAUUGUUAUAAUUUCAAUGCCUGAACCACGCGUGCUAAGUGUAAAGGAUGCGUAAAAUAUUGACAGCUACGCGUGCAACAUUACAACAUAUUUGUUCCAGGGUGCGAUAAUGCAAUAUUUUUAGCCGUACCUGACUGGUACUCCGACAACUUUUGCCGCGUACCUGGUCUGGUACAAACUUAAGAGUCAAGACGUACCUAAGACUACUUCCGAGUCAUGCGUUUUUAUACCUACGUAUAAUUUACUGGUCCAAAAGCAAAAAAUGUAUGGGCAAUUUUGUACAAAUGAAUCUUUAUAAUUAUGGUAUUUGUACAACUACAUAAUAUAACAGUUUUCAAAGCGUCAACGUUGUGACUCGAAUGCCAUCGCUCAUUUACAGUGGAUUUAUCGAGGGCGCUAACAGUCUGACCUCAGCUACAUACAGUGUAGUUUUCCUCAUUGGGCCUAACAAAAACCUGUACAUGUGGUUCCGGUUUCAUAUCGCGAAAAAAUUAGGGUCGGCGUUUGACGAUAAAGAUUUUAAAAUCGCUCACUCGAGCGAUUUUUUUUCAGUCGGAUGAUGACGAUAAAUUUUUUUAACAAGCGCAAAGAUUUGGCUUUUUUCAUCCCAAAAUAUGUCGGAUGCGUGGAAUUUACAUGUACAGCUAAAGUUCUCAAUACUUUGGAUACUUUGGCAGGUUUGCUAGUUAUUGCUAGAAGGAAAAUGUAAGUACGCGAAUAGCAAAUUUCCGCGUACCUACGUGGUACUUGCCUAAAAACAAAGAAGUACCAGACCAUAAAUUUGGCGUACCUCCGGUACGUUGGUACGCGAAUUAUCGCACCCUGUGUUCUAUGCAGAAGCGAACAGUACUUUGUGUUGAGAGAAAUGGCGACCACGUCGAAGGACAAGGUGCUUGAUAUUUUGAUAGAUGUAAAUAAAUUAUAUUUGAUACUUGUAUUAAAGCUGGAGUUACACAAGCAACAAAAUUUCUGCAACUUGCAACAAAAUCUGAUUUCAACGCAUGUUAAUUGAAAAUGUUUACACAUAAAUUACAAAUCACAUUUUACAAGGCAACAUGUGUCGACAUUUCUACUUAAAUAACUUGCGUUGAAAUCAGAUUUUGUUGCAAGUUGCAGCAAUUUUGUUGCUCGUGAAACUCCAGCUUAAGGCUUGAGCGCUAACGUUAAAUUAAUGAGCAAGUAUAUUAAUUCAUAUGUUGACAUGUUGGAUGAAAUGGAAAAUCUUUUAAAUGAUUUGCCAUGCAUAAAAUUAAAUUAUGCGUGUUUACGCACCCGUGGCUUAGCGUGUAAUGUUCAGGCAUUGAAAUUAUAACAAUAGGCUAAUUUCUAAAGGUCUUCUUUUUUUAUACACCCUGUAGAAGGCAAUGGUUAAGUAGAAAGCUAUGCUCUUUUGACCACUGCGUCUAUUCGUCUCUACUACGUAAUCCUAAAAAAUGUUUUUGUAAAUAAUUUAAUGAAAAAAUAGUGCUAUUAAAGAACCUUGAAUUAAUCACUGGCGGAGAUAUGCAGUCUCCGAGUUCCCUCUAGUUUUCUAUUGCGGUGACACGUACGAUAACAUUGUACUGUUGGAGUGAAUUGCCAUUAGUACGAGGCAAGCUCUUUUCUCAUUUGUGUAAACCUCCAGUUACAAUAAUAUAUAGUUGCGCUUUUCACUGCAAUUGAAAUCAUGAUCUGGGACUAGUAACAGUAUUAAUCUUGUUUGAGAGGCUCUGUAUAUGUAUCAGCACUCUCUUUCAUAGCCAUCCAUAUAUAAAUCCCAAUCACAAUAUGAACUGCUAUCACGCUACCGGCUACAGGUAUUACAACAUUGUCU